CUCUCUUUACAGGGCCAGAGACCCAGGACCAUGGCCACCUUGGAUGUAAAGGCAGCCACCCGCAGGGCCAAGGCGGCUGGCAGCACCGAGAGGAUGAGCAAGUUCCUGCGGCACUUCACCGUGGCGGGGGACGACUACCACACCUGGAACUUCAACUACAAGAAGUGGGAGAAUGAGGAGGAGGAAGACGAGGAGGAGCCCUCGACGGCCACGGCGGAGGAGGGCAGAGGGGCCGCCGCCCCCGCCCAGCCUGGGCCCCGGCCCCCAGCACAGUUCAGAACCUCCCUGAGGAAGCUCUUCAGUUCUCACCGCUUUCAGGUCAUCAUCAUCUGCCUGGUGGUUCUGGACGCGCUGCUGGUGCUCGCCGAGCUCAUCCUGGACCUGAAGAUCAUCCAGCCCGACAGGAACAACUAUGCUGCCAGGGUGUUCCACUACCUGAGCAUCGCCAUCCUGACCCUUUUCAUGAUGGAGAUUUUCUUCAAAAUAUUCGUCUUCCGCCUCGAGUUCUUCCACCACAAGUUUGAGAUCCUGGACACCAUCGUGGUGGUGGUGUCCUUUGUCCUGGACAUCGUCCUCGUGUUCUGGGAGCACGAGUUUGAGGCCCUCAGUCUGCUCAUCCUGCUGCGGCUGUGGCGGGUGGCACGGAUCGUUAAUGGGAUAAUCAUCUCCGUUAAGACGCGCUCAGAACGGCAACUGCUCCGGUUAAGGCAGCUGAAUGCGCAGCUGGCGGCCAAGAUUCAACACCUCGAGUUCAGCUGCACAGAGAAGGAGCAAGAAAUUGAGCGGCUGAACCAGUUGCUGAGACAGCAUGGGCUGGUGGGCGACGUGAGCUAGGCACCCGGCCUCCUGGCGUGGCUCCCGCGGGGACAGGCCUCUGGAAGGCCCGAGCUCCUCUCUGGCUGGGAGAGUUCCCCGUCCCGCACCCGAAACCCUGCGUCUCGUUCAACACUUGACUCUUGCUUCAAGCUGAACAAAGCUGGCCGGUGACUUAGCCGCGACUCUGAGCUCGUCCCACCAACUGCUUCUCGAACUUUCAGGUCUUGUCCCUGGAAAGGAGAGAGAAAGGACCACUCCCUUGGCCUCCAGCCCACUGUGGACACCUUGAUCCCGCCCCGCUCGCCUCCCCAGGGCCGGGGUUCCCAGCUGGGGCCCCUCCUCUCCCUCUGGCAUCCUCCAGCUUCUAGCUGGCUCCACCCAGUUCUGCCCCCUGACAACAUUUUUCUCAAUUACCGUCCAAUUAACAUAUAAAUAAGCCCUCUCCUUCCCAGGGGCCCUCCUACUAGAUUCUUCCCAGCUUCAGCUGCUCUGCGGGUCCCUGGCCAGCCUCCCGUGGGAGAGCCAGCUAGCUUCAGCGCCUGGCAGAGACGCGGCAAUUAGCCCAGACUCCACUAUAAUUAACGUGGCAUUUGGGGAAAGAGCCCUCAGGAGGUCUCGUGUGCGCACGAUUUCCUGCCAUAGUUGCUAUUUUUAUACGCAAGCAAGACCUGAAAAGGAAAGAAAACCUGAACUACAAACAAUGACUUUUUUUUU